ACAUCGUUUGCGUCUGGGCUCUCGAAGCCCCGUUUUCGUGUAUUCUCUUCUAGGGAGUUUGCAAGUGGAACUUUGAAGACCAACUCACCUUCCCACACAAAGUUAAGUCCUGGGUCUAUGCGAUCUCUGCGCAGAGACCUGCCGACUGGUGACGUUUACAACGGGAGCAACCCCUGUGGGUCGUAGAUGGGUGGUGGGGGCCAUAAAAACCCCGGCCGGCUUUUUACACGCAAGGCACUCCUUCGGUGUCCACAUCAAAGGCCCGCCGUGCCGCCCGUUAUUGUAUUCAGCCCCUGGAACGUGCCAUAAAGUUGAUAAAAAGGGUCGUGAGGGGAUUGGGAUAAUGAAGUAGGAAGGGGGGAGCUGUGGGCAAAGAGAUGACCACAUGAGAUAUUACUGAACGAAUGCAUCAGUGACAGGUACACAUCCAGUCACGUGAUCCCAUCAUUUUGAUAUACGACGGUUGAGCGUCCCUGCGUCAGAACAGUGUGUGUGACACAGGUAGACUAAACCUUCAGCCGGCAUCCUGACACAACCAUCUAAUCGAGGAACUGAAAGAGACAUAUCACGCGGGUUGAUUUGACUAACGGAGACACUUGCAAACGAGCGACCUCUCAUGCGAGUGGUGUAGCACAUGUUUUUAGUUGAGUUUCAAGUUCACUGUAAGGUCAACCGAAUUGAUUUGGCCCUCUUCCACACAUAAAUUGCAUACUGUGAGUUUGGCUUCAGGGGACGAACACAAAGGGACACACGCUACUCGGCCUGCCUUCAUCGAGCCGACCCAUCAAGCCGACCGGCGGCUAGAUGAUGCAAAUCGGCAUGGAGCAGGGCUGGUCGCCGGCCCGACCGGCCAACACGGAGAGCUGCGCGGCGGAGUACCGCGGCUACGCGUCGGCCACGGCAGCGGUGAACGGGCUCUACGGCACGACCAACCGGCCUCGCAGCAGCUGCAGCUCGCUGAGUGUCAGUCCAGACCAAGCAGUGGCAUACCCGUACCCAACCUCGUGCUACAGCUCAGAGGCCACCCUGGCACACGGGGACGAACUGUCGCCGGUGGGUGGCGGUGCAUGGACCGCUCCCGAUCGGCAAUUCACCGCACACCACCAGCACCCCCGGAUGUCGUAUCACCACAACGGCUACAGUAAACCCCCUUUCCUGGCGACAGCAUCAACGGCCGCAGGAGCCUCGCAUCCGCACACGCAUCAACAACAGUACCUUACCUCAAAUGGUUUCGGCUCAAGCUACAGUUUCCACAACUCACCAUACCCACUUGACAUGACAGGUGGCGCUUCGUCUUGCAGUCUACUUGCCACUUUCACGACUACUCCCAGACGAACCAAGCGGCGGCCCUACUCCAAGUUUCAGAUCUACGAAUUGGAAAAGGAGUUCCAGGCAAACAUGUACCUGACGCGCGACCGGCGCUCCAAACUCUCCCAUUCUCUCAACCUCUCCGAGCGGCAGAUCAAAAUCUGGUUUCAGAACAGGCGGAUGAAACUCAAGAAGGUCUCGGAGAAGGCAAAGAAAGGGGCGGGCUCCGACCCCGCCAAAAAGAAGCCGUCUGCCGCUACACCAAGCCCGCAUCAUCACCAGCAUCCACAUCAGCAACAACAGCGCUCUGUGCAAGAGAGCCACGCUCACGGUCAACAGCCCACAAUGAACGGCCUGCCGCACCAUCACCAUCAACACGCGGUGCACCCGGGCGCGAUGGCACGCAGUAACGGACUGGACCGAUGAGAGGUCUGACAAUAGUCUGAACUCGCACCGUAAGUCUUGGCUCAGACAGGUUUUACUGUUCUCCAGUAACUUCAAACUCUCGAGGUGUACAUAUAUGAUUCAGCGAUGAUGUUUUAGAGAAGUGUCGACGAGCCGUGGAUAUUGUAAAUACUAAUACAUGUGUGGUAUUAUUCCUAAAUUAUCUGGACUUUGGCUUUGUAGAAAGAAUAAGAGUAAAUAGUUAUUGUUCACCUUAAAGCUUUUCUAAGACAAUGUCUUUCAAGCUAAGCAUGGUAUGAAGAACGUGUUUGCUUGUGAAACUGCAGGAAAAAAUUAUCUUGGCCCAACUUGUUUGAUAUAACACGGAAUCCGAAAGGAGCAAUACAGUCCAAAACACCAUUUUGUUUUCCCGCCAAAAUAUCAUUAAGUGUAUCAACUUGAAACGUUUUCAUUGUUUAAGGAUUUUAACAUUGUUUUUAAGCCUAAUCCGUGAGACAUAUGUGUUUCAUGUAGGGAGUUGUAAUUGACCUUUGAGAAACCGGAUUCAGAUGUUGAUUGACUUUCCUCUGCAAAGGGUGUAAUUUUGUCAGUACACGUACUUAGAUUGGAACACCUGUGCUGCAAAAAAGAUAAAUCCAUCUUGUUUACAACUUCACAAACACAGACCGUUCUGGGUGACUGCAAAUUAUACGCUAUAGAUGCCAUUCAACCAAGUCCCAUAAAAUCGCGACAAAAAGAAAAAAACAGGAAUCAAGAUAACGUGUAGACGACACGCGACUUCGUCAAUACAUUCUGAGGAAUACGCAAAAUGUAUUUGAAAAUGUGGUGUUGCUGAAGCAAGCAUCAUAGAACUCUUUUCCAUGAAUUCACGAGAAAACACGAUAGCACAUACAUGGACAUGUAAAUUAUCAGUUUGAAGCUAUUCCCUAUCACUGUCAAUACAAACGAUACCCUUAACUGGUAUAUUAAUCACAGUUUAAAGUUCAUAUCGGCAUUAUUUUGUGUGUCUUAAGCAAUUAGUUCCAAGCCUAAUGUACACGUAUCCGCAUUCUUAGUACCUCUUAGCCUCUUAAAAAGUAACGUCAAGAAAAUAUUUGAGCUAGGGCGUUUUUUCUCACCAAUUAACAUCAGUACAAACCAGCCUUCAGGGUCACCUUACGGGAAUUGUUUAUGAGUGUGAAGAUGCAGUCUGUUUAUAUAUAAUUAUAUGUAAAUGUGUAUGAAUGUAAAGAUACCUGGCAUAUAUCACCAGGAGCAGCCAACCUUUCUCUCCACUGCUUCCUUUUAAGUUCCAUUGUUCUUACGCAGUAAGUCAAUAACCAUUCUCCCUACGGCAUGGUAUUCCCGCGAGCAAGAUUUCUACACUCACGAUGCUAAAAACGUUACAAUUGCCAUUCUUUCUUUGGUGGGAAUACCACUCGAUAAGUUGCGGGCCUUUCAGUUCUGACUGCCUGAUGUAUUCCUGUUAGAUGUCAAAUUUAAUUCUUUACUUGUUAUGCCGUACAAAAUUGAUGAUGUUUUCGACUGUAUAAACCGGAGUGUUUUUUAUUUAAUUUUAAAUACUGCUACACUUUUAAUCAACGAUAAGAAGGUGACCUUUUGGCCUUUUUUCCCGUCUUGUCAGUCUAUCUUGGGAUAUACUGUUCUUGCUUGCAAAGAAGAUUUUAUCUGGACCUUUUGGCAGGAAAAGUUCAAUGGAACGCUAAAUUCACGGAGGCAUUUUGUCAACAACAGUAAUAGUAAUCACAGAUGCUUUUCAGAAAGUAAUCCAGAAAGGCUGACUGCGUAUUCGGUCAUAAAUGUUCCCGCCCCGUGAUCAAAGGUACAAGGACGCCUGUGGAAAAUAAUGCAUUUUCAUUCCCAGGUUUUCUUUAUUUUACAUGCCUUAGAAGCAGAAAAUCUCAGGUUUCUUUUUUUUUUUUUUUUUUGACCGUCUGUAUAGUACUUCGCUGUUAUUAGUUGAUUUUAGCCUCAGCAAGUCAGGUCUAACGGGAAUUGUCGGAAAAGACGAAUACAGUCGAAUCUCGUUAAUAAGAGCACUGAUAAUACAAGAUUCUGCUUAUAAGAAGGAAACUUUUAGGUCACAAUCCUUUGUUAUUCGUUGUUUUCAUUCCUGAUCAUACAUGUACAAGGUUCCUGUUAUAACAAGGUGAUUCGCCAAGUCAGAAAGACCUGUUAUUAAUGAAGUUCGACUGUAAUACGUAUUGUUUUUCCCCAUACAACUGUUAUUUAUCCUUCAACCAGUCAAAUUUCUGCUCGUUCUUCCCGUUCUGCUCGUGUUGAAGAAUCUCUCCCUUUUCCCAAAAGUCUCUCAGGCUCUUGCGAAAAGCAGAGAUGAAACCUUUUCUUCGAACUGAUAACGUUCAGGCUAAGAAAUCAAGGUGUUUCAGAUCUACAAGCCAUAGAAUAGAGUUAGUUGAUCAGCACUGACGUCUCAUUCUCAGAUGCUAACCUUGCUGAUUAACCUUUUUUUCCGGAAGAGGCUAAAAAUGGUAAUUCAGGAAAGCUGCACCAAAGCACAUACAUUUGUUACAUAAAGUCAAUUAUUGUAGCCCGUCAGGUGAAAUAAAAUGCCAUUGUUGGGGGACUGGUGUUAACCACAGUGUAUACAAAAAGUCACUAUCCUUAAAUGUACAUGUAUUCUCUUAAGUGGCUUCAACAUGAAAAUAAAAUUGUCAUUUUACCGAUUUCAAAAAACA